AUUCUUAGCUUGCCAGUGGCCCCCACUGCCUGCCUGCCUGCCUGUGGAGCUCUCUAGACCACAGAUUCCUCCUUCACUCUAGCAAAAAGAAGAUGCUGUCUAAUUUGAGGAUCCUGCUCAACAAUGCAGCUCUUAGAAAGGGUCACACUUCUGUGGUUCGACAUUUUUGGUGUGGGAAGCCAGUCCAAAGUCAAGUACAGCUGAAAGGCCGUGACCUCCUCACCUUGAAGAACUUCACAGGAGAGGAGAUUCAGUACAUGCUAUGGCUCUCUGCAGAUCUGAAAUUCAGGAUCAAGCAGAAAGGAGAAUAUUUACCUUUAUUGCAAGGGAAAUCCUUAGGAAUGAUUUUUGAGAAAAGAAGUACUCGAACAAGACUGUCCACAGAAACAGGCUUUGCUCUGCUGGGAGGACACCCUUCCUUUCUUACCACACAAGACAUUCACUUGGGUGUGAAUGAAAGUCUCACAGACACCGCUCGUGUCUUAUCUAGCAUGACAGAUGCAGUGUUAGCUCGAGUGUAUAAACAAUCAGAUCUGGACACCCUGGCUAAAGAAGCAUCCAUCCCAAUUGUCAAUGGACUGUCAGACUUGUAUCAUCCUAUCCAGAUCCUGGCUGAUUACCUUACACUCCAGGAACACUAUGGCUCUCUCAAAGGUCUUACCCUCAGCUGGAUAGGGGAUGGGAACAAUAUCUUGCACUCUAUCAUGAUGAGUGCUGCAAAAUUCGGGAUGCACCUUCAAGCAGCUACUCCAAAGGGUUAUGAGCCAGAUCCUAAUAUAGUCAAGCUAGCAGAGCAGUAUGCCAAGGAGAAUGGUACCAAGUUGUCAAUGACAAAUGAUCCACUGGAAGCAGCACGUGGAGGCAAUGUAUUAAUUACAGAUACUUGGAUAAGCAUGGGACAAGAGGAUGAGAAGAAAAAGCGUCUUCAAGCUUUCCAAGGUUACCAGGUUACGAUGAAGACUGCCAAAGUGGCUGCGUCUGACUGGACAUUUUUACACUGUUUGCCUAGAAAGCCAGAAGAAGUGGAUGAUGAAGUAUUUUAUUCUCCACGGUCAUUAGUGUUCCCAGAGGCAGAGAAUAGAAAGUGGACAAUCAUGGUCUCACUGAGAUCUCACCAUGCCCCUUGCCUUGGAUCACUCUUCUUAUAAGAAGACUUCGCUUAAUGAAAUUCCAAAGGGAGGGCUAUGCUAAAGUGAAUGCAGAGAGUCUAACAAUGCUGCACCGGCUGUCAAGAAAGCCCUUCUACCAACCAGCUUUAAAACAAACCAUCUGUGUCAUCUUAGAUAAAUUGUCUCAACCUUCAGUGGGCUCACCCAUAAAAUGAGCCCACUGAGUCACAGAGAUUACAAAUGAGGGAUAAUUUUAUUUAGGUCACUAAUGUCAUCAAUAGGCUACUUUGAGUCCUGUGUGGAGGGGAAUCUUGUGUCUGUGGUGUAGAACAGAAAGAGAGGCAAAACUGAUCAAUUACCAUUCUUGACAUGAAUGCUGAGAAGGUGGCAGUCAACGGCUGACAGCUGUGUCCUUGUGCCUGUGCUGAAGGAUUUGGAGGUCCCUUGGAGUUCAUUUCAUUUCAGCCAUGUGAUCUGAGCUCCUAAACUUUGCCAGAUUCUCUGCCCGGCAUUGCGGGAUUUAAAAUGAAAAUACAAAAGAAUAAUACGCAGCCCUCACACAGCCUGUUACAAUUUCUAAGUGCAGAGCAUUUUCGAGCAGGAUGAGACCUUAGGGAGGUCAUCUGGACUGCAUUCCCGUUUUAAAAGCAAUAAAAUUAUUCCCUGCUUCUUCAGAAUGACCUUUAGAUUCCGCACUGCUGUGAUCAUUUGUUCUUGGAGGAUGCUCUAAAUGGACAAUAUUCUACAAUUGUUCUAUCAAUCCAGGAGCCACUGGGUACACACAGCUAUUUAAAUUUAUAUUAAACUUUAAAAAAUUAAAGAUUUAAUUCCUUGGUCAAACUAACCUCAAACCUCACAUUAAGUGUCCAAUAUUGUCUGUAGCUAGUGGCUACUGUAUUAGACAGUACAAGCAGGUCAUUUUCACCAAUGCUGACAGUUUUAGUGAACAGCACUCCUCUAGGGAAUGCUUUUCUACUAUAUAACUUCAUUUAAAAUCAGGAUGAAAGCAAGAAGAAAAGUGACUACCUGUCCUCCACAUCUGAGAUACAUACAAUGACUAUUGUAAGGUCCAUCACUCCAAGAAUACAGAGAGAGCCUGUCCCUAACCUGUGUAAGAUCACGAAAGCAAACGUGUGCUGUUAGAGUUCCUUUAUAAGGCCUCCACAGUGAGUACUUUCCAACAAAUCUACUCCGAACACAAUAUUCGCUCCAUAGUGCACACAUCUUUAAAAACAGAAACAUAAAGCACACACAUUCCUCCCCAGAAAAUUUGUUUUUGUAUUUUUCUGUGAUUAGUGAGAAAGCAAUACUUAUAAAACUACUGGUAUGUUUUUCCCCUCUGUAUACAUCCUUUUAACUCAUAGUACUAAAGUAACCUAAAGAGACUCUUAAAUGCAGUUAUCUAGGUGGUCCUUAAGUAUGUAACACCUUUGCAAAUAUAAUUCACAGUACUCAAAAUUAUUCUCCAAGCUAACACUGCCAUCUAAAAUACAGUAUGCCCAGUUAAAUGGCAAUGUCAGAUAAAAAAAACUAAUUUUUAUAUAAGUAUGCUCCACAUACUAUUUAGAACAUACGUGUAGCAAAAUAGAGUAUUGUUUAGAUGUAAUUUUUGACUCUGGCAAAACCGCCCAUUCCUAGUAUUUUUGUUUGUUUGUUUGUUUGUCUUAUUUUUGUGAAACUAAGCUUAACAUGUUGUAUGACUCUGAGCAAUAAAGGAAAACCUGAGAUGCAGAUCUGUAAACCACUAAAACAGAUUGAACAGUUUUACCUGUUACAUGGUUCCCCCACACCACUGAAAUGUCCUCCCUGGCUCCUUUUUAACGGUGUCCUUCUUUACCAAGGUCUCCCUGGGCUGUCCAAUCUCCAGCAUCCUUCUAACCACUAUAAAAGAUUUUUUUGUCUAAAAGUAA